AUGACACCUCCGUCCCUCGAUCCCGCUCCAGUCGGCGAAGCUACUGCAGCCGAGGACCGCAACAAAGUAGAAACCAUGACGAGCAGCACUCCUGUCACCAAGCAAGAGGACGCCACCAAUGAGGCUCCUGAAGAAGAAGAAGAAGAGCCCAUGCUCCCACCGCCCCAGCCGUUGAGAGAAUCGAAUGCGACAAACGUGAGCAUGUUGGAGGAAGAAGAGAAUUACCCCGACCCGGGUUCGCUGCAAGAAGAACUGAAUGAGAUUUUGGAUGCGUUCUAUGAGUGUGUGGCGGAGGAAGACAUUUGUGCCUAUCAGCGGCUUGUGGAGGACAUUCGAGGCGAACGCAUUGCCGAGACUGCCUUGAUGGAACCCGCUGUCUGCCCUUCCUUUGAGUUGCAAGAUCAAGAUGGUGACAUGCUGCGGCUGGACGAAUUGCUGCAGAAGGGUCCUGUCGUCGUCACGUUCUAUCGAGGCAAAUGGUGUCCUCACUGCAACGCUACUCUGAUGAGGUAUCAAAAACAGCUCGUGCCCGAAUUGAAACAAUUCCAAGCCACACUGGUGGCCAUUUCUCCGAUGCUGCCCGAUGGAACGGCCUUUCUCGCCACCAAACGCGAUUUGGACUACAGCGUUUGCAGUGAUGUCAAUAACACUCUCGCUAAGGAAUUCCGAUUGACCUUUGAAGUCAAACCACACACACAACCGUUCAUGACCAAAUGGGGAGAGCACAUCCCGGAUCACAAUGGACUUGACAGUUGGGAGAUUCCAUUGCCGGCCACCUACGUCAUUGGACAAGAUGGACGCAUUGCCUGGUCUUUUAUGGACAAUGAUCCAGGGAUUCGAGCUGAAGUAAAAGACAUUGUCCACGAGGUGGCCGCCUUGACGCUCAAGAGCAUGUACCGAGAUGUCACGUUGGAAUUUCCGACAUCCAACAAUUUCCACGAAGACGCACAAUCCGCUUGUAGUUUUGGAAGCACGGGAUCGUCUGCGUCCAACAACAAUCCUUUUGGGAACAACAAGAAGAAGAAACGUAGCAAGACAUUCAACCGAGCUAUUGGAGCUACCUUCAAAGCGCCCAAUCUCAAGAAACUGUGGAAGUCCAUGACCAAGACUAGCAAUCAUCUAAAGACAGAAGCCUAUGACGACGAUUCAUCACAUUUCUCGGUGCAAAGCGAACUCAAGGCCAAGGCACCUUCUCGAACACCACGCAAAUCUUUUCGGGGGAAGCUCGCGGCACCUGAGUUUCUCUGCCGAUACAUGAUGCCAUCCUCCUAA